UCAAAACACUACAAAAUUGUGUCAUGAUGCUUCCAACGAAACAAUUUUGGGCGAGUCAAACGAAUACUGAAGUACUGAUCAGCUCACAAUCGAGCAGAAGGCAACGAAGCACCUGACUAGAUCUGGAAUCAUAUGACAGACGUCACGUGAUGACUUUGUUUCCGGUUUUCAAAUAAGUUUCCCCUCUGAAACCUAAACCAUGUCACUUUUUUAAAUUAAACGAGUUCUUCUAAUGAGGAAAUUUUCGUUGCGUUAAACAUUCUGGUUUCUUGUGAAUCUCGUAUAUCGUAAAACACAACAUGGAUAACGAUAAAAGCGGAGGGAAGAAUGAAACUGUUAUGUAUUCGCAACUCCAACCAUGGAGCACAGUAGGUGCGUUACCAUGUAUGGAACAAAUAGCUGGUCCACCUGUUCCAGUUAGAGUCGGCGAAUUUUAUAAAACCCCGAAGCCUCAUCCAUGGCGCCCUACUAUGGGAUACGAAAUGGUAGAAGCCGCCUCCUUACCCGCACAACCUAUGACAAACAUACUGGCCGAAACCUGUUACAUGCCUAACGGAAUGGCCACGGAACCACUACGAUUUCCAAAUUUGGUAACCGGUUUCGAUAGGAAUCCUGCACAUGCAGCUCGAGCUGCACUCUUUACUAGAUACGGGCCAUACGAAUGGGUGCAAAACCAGAUAAAUCUUUACAAUGAAUCUAACAGCAAUAGAAAUUAUUCGGAAAACUUACGCCAAGACACCGUUCGGAUGAUGCGAGAGGCCGACGAAAAGGUGCAAAAUGGACAAAUGGAAACGGGUCGAAAAUUGGGAGAAAGAAUCACGGACACGACGUUCUGGAGGAACGAAGUAGCUGGGGAACUGGAACGGAUGAUAAUUGCAAAUACAAAAAUGCAAGAAUGCCGUAGAAACUUGCAGUCGGCAAUACAAAAUUUGGAGGGACAAUUGCACAUAGCGCAGGAAUGUUUAUACUACCGCGAGGCCAGGACAGGUUCUGAUUUGGUGCACGAUCAGGCUGAACAUGCUCUUUUAAAAGAGAUAGAAGUGGUGAGAAAUUGUGAAAAUAAAUUAGAAGAGUUUACCGAUAAAUGUAUCAACCAACUUACAAAUAGUAGAGCGGUACAAAAUCAACUAGAGAUUGACAUAAGGAACAAAGAAACUGCAUUAGGGAUUGAUAUCACUUCUCACCAAAUGAAUAAUUUUAGUCGUGGUUUGCAGUAUUACAGUGGCAUUGAAAAAUACGAUAAUAGUGUUACGCAAGCCGAAUCGUGGGCUGAAGCUUCCAAUAAUGUAGUGAAAAAAUCACAGACAGAAAGAUCAAAAUCUAGUCAGUUAAUUAGCGACAUUGAAAUUGCCAUAAAUGCAGUAGGUCACGAAAUGUGGGACGCAUGGGGCUUUACAAAUAAUGCACUAGCCAGAAGAGCUGCAGAGAUGCUUGAAGCAAAAGAAAGAUUACAGAUACAUUUACAUAAAAUGCAACAAGAGAUAUUUGAAAUUGAAAAAAAUAUGCAACUAAUGCAGAAAGCAAUUGCAGAUAAAAGUUCUGCCCUGAAGGUUGCACAUACCCGUCUUGAAAGCAGGACACAUCGACCCGAGGCAGAACUAUGCAAAGACUAUGCUCAACUCAGAAUGAUCAAGGAAGUAGAAACCAUAAAUGAAAUGAUAAAUGAAAUGAACUUGAAGCUGCAAAAAUUCGAAGCACAACAUCAACAACUAUUACGUACUAGAUCUAAUCUAGAAACAGAUCUGAAAUCGAAAGUUGAUGCACUAUUUAUUGACAGAGAAAAGUGCAUGGGUAUGAGAAAAACCUACCCAAUUGCAUCAGUUAUUAAAUUUUAUAUUAUACUUCUAUUGUAUACAUAUUAAUGGAACUGGAAGUUUCGUAUUAUUAUAUU